ACAAAACUUGAUUCUUCAAAAAGUCAAGAUGGCAUCUAGUGUUACAGCUCAAUCAGUGUUGGAGAAGAUUAGUGUGGAUCAUCUGGAAUGCUCCAUCUGCACCAACCGUUUCAGGCAGCCCAAACUGCUGGACUGUUUGCAUAGUUUUUGCCUGCAAUGCCUCCAAAAGCUCAGACAGAGCCAAGAUCCUAGUGGUACAAAGCUGACAUGUCCUCUAUGCAGACGUGAAACCAUGUUGAAAGGGUCUGGGGUUGCUGAUCUCCCUAAUAACUUUGCAUUCAGUGCUCUGGUGGAGGAAGUUACAAUGCAGGAAAAGCUACUGGAAGGUCAAGGGUCAGAGAUCAAAUGUCAAAACUGUAAAGAGGAGAAUCAGGCCAUUUCAAGAUGCAUGGAUUGCGAUCAUUUCCUCUGUCAAGAAUGCCAAAAGGCUCAUGAACGUAUGACUGUCAUCAAUUCCCACAAAAUCUGUACACUGGCUCAACUUCAAUCAGGAGAGAUUGUCUACAAGAGUAAAAUCAGAGAAGAAGUUCCCAAAUGUGGCAAGCAUCCAGAUCAGAAUCUCAAUGUCUAUUGUAAUACAUGUGAGCAAGUCAUAUGUCUCAUGUGUACUGUUCUAUAUCAUGAAAAACCAAAUCACUCUUGUGUUGGCUUACCUGAGGCUUUUGAGAAAAGUAAGAAAAAGGUAGAAAAACUUGUUGCAAAAGUUGGUCAAAGCAAAACAGAACUGAACACCACCAUAGAGAAGACUUGCAUAUCUCGCAAGAAACUUGACACCAUGUUUGCAAACACCAAAAAGAAAAUCUCAACAAAAGCUGACCAAGAGGUUGCCAAGAUCCGACAGGAGGAGCAGAAACUGUUAAAAGAGACUGACAGGAUUUACCAAGAGAGAAUCACAACAUUUGAAGCUGCUCAAGCUACAAAUAGCAAAGAGGUGACACAGACGGAGCACAAGCUGGAGGAGGUGAAACAACUCAUGAAUCAAGCAAGUUGCUAUGAGAUUCUUGAACUUCAACAGAAGCUCUUGCAUAACCUCAGUGAAUUGACAGGAAAACAGCCAGAGCAAGUUCCUGACAAGUUGACCUUCAUGGAUUUUGAAGAAGGUGAGAGGUCACUUGGGAGACUCACUCUGGAGGAAGAACCAAAGGCUGCAACAAAGCAAUCACAAAGACCUGGAAGAUCAUGUGCAGAGGAAAAAUGGGAACUGAAGACUGAUUUCAAGAACUUUGGAUUAACAAAUAUAUCUACAUGCUUAUCACGGGUUGCAGCACUCUCUAGCAAUAAAGUACUUGCACUAUCCAAUGCAAUUUUUAGUGAACAUGCAAUAUUUACAGUUUCAAUUCCCAAUAGUCAUCAGAAACAAUCUCCUAUCACACAAAGGCUACAAAUCAAUGGCCUCCAAAAUAAUGGAUGUGGUUAUACACGGGGCAUCACAUUCACAUCAAAUGGUGAUCUGGUAGUGGCUGCAGGACAGUCUGUAAAGGUCUAUCACCAAGUGUAA